AUAUCUGCAUGUUGCGGUGGUGAGAACCAGUGCAAAAAAUACACGGACAUAAAUGACUUGAUAGCUGUAUCAUGUUGCUCCAACCAAGUCAUCAAUCAAUUCCAUCAAAUCUGCUGUCAGAACACGGUUAGAGAAAGGAAGCAUGGAUCAGUAUAUCACGGUAAAUGCUGCGGUAAUCAAACUUUAUCUAAUAAUCAAACAUGUUGUGACAAUCAUGUAACUAAUGUGACAGAUACACGAUGUUAG